AUGGCCCCCCAAAACCUCCUCAUCGACGUCCGCACCCCAAGCGAAUUCUCUACGGGCUACCUGACCUCGGACCUGGCCCCCACCAUAAACAUCGAAUACCAGCUCAUCUCCACUCUGCCCGCCGUGUGCGCUGAAAAGGGGAUCCAAGUCGCCAAAGACGACCACAUCACGCUCUACUGCCGCAGCGGGCGCCGCUCCAACCUCGCGCUGCAGACGCUGAGGGACAUGGGGUUUACGAAUGCGCGCGAUAUCGGGGGCUACGACGAGGCGCGCAGCGUGUUGGAUCGGGAGCAGGUGGAGAGGCAGUUGGAGGAGGGGUUUGGGGAGGCGGGA